UUUGGAGUAACAAAUGUCAAGAAAUUCAGGCGCAAAUGAAAAAUUAAAGACACUUUCCCAAAACUAGACAUCUUGGUCGAUUUUUGCCGAUGCGUCAUUGUUUUGUAACUUAAUUUGCUACAGACAUUUAAACUGGUUUCAAGAGAAUCACCUUAGGCAUGUGACUACUUGUAUUAGUCUCUAGGGCAAUUCUACAGUAACUCAGAUUUUAGGCCAAAAAUGUAUGCCAAACAAAUACCAUUUUGAUUUCUAAGUUUUUAACAAACCAUACAACAACCAUACAACUCAUACCAUUUACACCAAAUAUUUUACUGAAACAUAAUGAUGGAUCUGACGUUCUCUUUAUAGAGAUUCAUCCUGAAUAGGUACACAAAGGUAGAAAUAUACAAUAUCCUCCUUUUACAUAUUUGGGAAUUUAAUUUACACACUGGCUAUUAUUUUAAAGACCUCUGCCACCAAACAAGACAACGUUUGAUUGGACCGGACCAAAUAUGAACCAAUCAUAGAUGUUGAUGUUUCACAAGUUUUGGACAUCAGGGUAGAGCUCGGUAAGGGUACUCAAUUUGUGUGUGCUUUACUGUCCCGAACUAUACUAUACUCUACAGUACUGAACUAUACUCUACUGUACUAUACUCAACUUUUCUUUACUUUACUGUGAUGUACUAUAUUCUUCUGCGAUAUACUCUACUGUGUCACUCUGUACCCGACUGGCUUAGCCGAUUUUAAAACUCAACACCACGAUUUACGAUGGAGGUGAGCAGUGGCUGAGUUCAGCACACAAAGCAUAGCCUGGAAUUUCACACAUUGUUCAAGAAGUGACUGGAACUCGGCCCACUUGUUACCUGCUUCAGAGGAGAAACUCCGGGAAAUAUUAACAUCAGUGUAUUUAAUCAACACUAGGUUCCACUGAAAUCUGACUUCCUGUAUUUAAUCAACACUAGGUUCCACUGAAAUCUGACUUCCUGUAUUUAAUCAACACUAGGUUCCACUGAAAUCGGACUUCCUGUAUUUAAUCAACACUAGGUUCCACUGAAAUCUGACUUCCUGUAUUUAAUCAACACUAGGUUCCACUGAAAUCUGACUUCCUGUAUUUAAUCAACACUAGGUUCCACUGAAAUCUGACUUCCUGUAUUUAAUCAACACUAGGUUCCACUGAAAUCGGACUUCCUGUAUUUAAUCAACACUAGGUUCCACUGAAAUCGGACUUCCUGUAUUUAAUCAACACUAGGUUCCACUGAAAUCUGACUUCCUGUAUUUAAUCAACACUAGGUUCCACUGAAAUCUGACUUCCUGUAUUUAAUCAACACUAGGUCCCACUGAAAUCUGACUUCCUGUAUUUAAUCAACACUAGGUUCCACUGAAAUCGGACUUCCUGUAUUUAAUCAACACUAGGUUCCACUGAAAUCGGACUUCCUGUAUUUAAUCAACACUAGGUUCCACUGAAAUCUGACUUCCUGUAUUUAAUCAACACUAGGUUCCACUGAAAUCUGACUUCCUGUAUUUAAUCAACACUAGGUUCCACUGAAAUCUGACUUCCUGUAUUUAAUCAACACUAGGUCCCACUGAAAUCUGACUUCCUGUAUUUAAUCAACACUAGGUCCCACUGAAAUCUGACUUCCUGUAUUUAAUCAACACUAGGUCCCACUGAAAUCUGACUUCCUGUAUUCCAACCCCUUUGAAAUACUCCUAUGUAUACAUGUUGGAGAGAUUGGAGCUCUGCUGCACUAGGCACCUGGGAAAACCCCCUGUCCCCAUGUGGUGUGCAGAUAGACACAGGCUGACAUGCAGGAUCGGCUCUGCUCUGGAAUGUAGGACUGGUGUUUCACUGUACAGUUGUCUAGGGGACACACAGUUCUGCUUCCGUUUCCGCCAGGCCUCAGGCAGGAAGUCUUCCCUGGGAUGUUUUCUGGACCAGUUUGACCGUGACGCCCCAGUCUGCCUGAAGAGGGACCAAGGCCAUUACUAUGGUUACGUCUACUUCAGACAAGUCCGGGACAAGUCACUCAAGAGGGGUUACUUUCAGAAGUCCCUGGUCCUUAUCAGCAAGCUUCCUUACGUCACGUUCUUCCACUCCCUGCUGAAGCUCGUCGCUCCAGAGUACUUUGAGAAGCAGGAGCCGUGUCUGGAGGCUGCCUGCAACGACAUCGACCGCUGGCCCACUCCUCAUCCAGGGAAAAUAUUGGUCCUCCCUAUAAUGGGUACUGUUAUGAAGGUUCGGAUCCCAACAUCUUACGACAAGCCUGGAACCUCUCAGCUGGUGCAGUCCACACAGAAUGACAACCUGGUGUCCAUAGUCCUCCCCACGGUCCACGAGGUAGACUUGUUCACGUGUUUCCACCCAGUCUUCUUCCACAUUCAGAUGUUAUGGGAGCUGGUGUUGCUAGGAGAGGCUCUGGUUGUCAUGGCACCAUCACCGGCAGAAUCUUCCGACACUGUUCUGGCAUUGGUCAGCUGCAUCUCUCCUCUGCGCUACUGCAGUGACUUCAGACCGUACUUCACCAUCCACGACAGCGAGUUUAAAGAGUACACCACCAGAACACAGGCUCCGCCAUCUGUGAUUCUUGGCGUGACCAACCCGUUCUUUGCGAAGACCCUCCAACACUGGCCUCACAUCAUCCGUAUUGGAGACAUGAAGCAGGCUGGAGAGACUGUCAAGCAGAUGAAGGUCAAGAAGCUGAAGAACCUGAAGACCCUGGACUCUAAGCCAGGAGUCUACAGCGCGUACAAGCCCUUCCUCAACAAAGAUGAGGAUAUCAUUAAACAACUUCAGAAGGGUGUCCAACAGAAACGUCCCUCGGCGGCACAGAAUGCCAUCCUACGACGGUACUUCCUGGAGCUGACGCAGAGCUUCAUCAUUCCACUGGAGCGCUAUGUGGCCAGUCUGAUGCCUCUACAGAAGAACAUCUCUCCUUGGAAGAGUCCUCCACAGCUGAGACCCUUCCUCCAGGAGGACUUUAUGAAGACUCUGGAGAAGGCAGGUCCUCAGCUCACCUCACCACUCAAAGGAGACUGGAUGGGACUCUACAGACAGUUCCUGAGGUGUCCAAACUUUGACGGCUGGUUCAGGAAUCGCAGGAGAGAGAUGAUGAAGAAACUAGAGGCCCUUCACCUAGAAGCUGUCUGUGAGGAGGAUCUGCAGGUGCGUGUCCAGCAACACACUGAGGUGGAGACUGUGGACCUCGUUCUCAAACUCAAAGACAAACUGACUCAGGCAGAGAGAGAGCAGCUUCCUCUGAGGCCGGGGACGUUGACUAAACUACAAGCCCACAUCGACUCUGUCAUCCUGUCUUUACCUGAUGAUCUACAGGGAAUCCUGCACAAGCCCUCCACACCCUGACCUCUGACCUCUGACCACUAAUCAUUGACCUAUAACCCCUGGGGGGAGGAGGAAGGGAGGCCCAAGGAAGGACCGCUCCAGUCUCAUCAUUGAACUGUGGAUUUUUAAGACUUUUUAUUUUGUAUUUUUUUUUUUUAAAGUGCACUUCACCCUUUUAAUACCUGUGUGACUGAGCCACCUCCAACCUCUCUCCACCUUCAUGUGCAAUGCUGGCAUUGCCCCCCCCCCCCCCCCCCAAAAAAAAAAUCCACUGAUGAUUAUUGAUUAUGCAACCAGUCAGAAAAUAAGAAGACAAGCCAAUUAGUGGUUUAUUCCUCAGAGAUAUAAUGUCUGUGCUGUAGUGAAUCAUGUCUCUGUGACACAAGUCCAUAAAGGUUGACAGGGUUUCUGAAACAGUUUCUGAAACAGUAUAAUCUGUGUCCGGAAAACCAAACCUUUAGUCUAUAGACUUUUUUUUUUUUAAAAACAGCCUUGUUUGGAUUCUAUGCUGCGCUGGUAACUUAACACUGCAGUUACAAUAAACUAUAGACGGAUUGUAAUAUACCGUUUAAUUGUCAACAA